GCUCCAGUUCUCUCCACCUCGUCAUAGCUCUCACUACAUCCUGGCGGGUCUGUACACACUCGUCAUGACAGUCGGCGUCACUGGAAACUGCCUUGUCAUCUUCAUGUUUCUCAGAUGCCGGACGCUGAGGACCCCAGCCAAUGUCCUGGUGAUGAAUCUUGCCAUCAGUGACUUCUUCCUCCUCGCCAAGAUGCCCAUUUUUAUUUUUAACUGCUUCUACUUCGGGCCUGCCCUAGGGGCGUUGGGCUGUGAAUUCUACGGAUUUAUUGGAGGCUUGACAGGGACAGUAUCUAUCAUGACUUUGGCAGCCAUCGCUUUGGACCGUUACUACGUCAUCGUCUACCCUCUAGAUCCGCUGAGGCGAACGACUCGGCAGAGGGCGAGAGUGUGCGUUUUGCUCGUCUGGUGCUAUGGAGGGAUCUUCGCCAGCCUGCCCCUCACAGGUCGUGGACUAUCCAGAUACGUGCCUGAGGGUUACUUGACCAGCUGCAGCUUCGAUUACUUGGACCAAACAUUUUCCAACCGCAUCUUCAUACUCAUCUUCUUCAUAGCCGCUUGGGUGGUCCCCUUCUCUAUUAUCACGUUCUGCUACACCAGAAUAUACCGGGAAGUGAUCAGUGGGUCCAGUGGAGCUUCGUCUCGAAGAGGGCAAGAGCUGGAAAAGCGGAAGACGGAAGUAAGACUGGCCGGAGUUGUUAUAGGAGUAGUCGGUUUAUGGUUUGUGGCAUGGACUCCCUAUGCCGUUGUCGCUCUUCUGGGAAUCACCGGAAACGCUCAUCUCAUUUCACCACUUUCUUCCAUGAUUCCGGCUCUAUUUUGUAAAGUGGCAAGCUGCAUUGAUCCUUUCGUUUACGCCGUUACCCAUCCUAAGUUUCGCAGGGAGUUCCAAAAAUUCUUUUUCAGAGGUAGGGCGAGGAGAAAAUUCGAAGGAAUGCAUGGAAGAACGCAGUGCUGGAAGACAGAGUCCUCACAAGUUCCCGGGAUGAUGAUCGGUAUCAGACAAAGGAGACCGGAUGACUCUUACAGUGAAGAUGACAUCGAAGAGAUGGUUGUCAUGGUGGACAACCGUCUUCAAAAGGGAAAUUGCUUCAUGAGUUCUACAAUCGCUCCUGAAGAACACAGCCUCUGUGAAAUUACUUUUCCUCUGGACCAAAGAGCCAACCAGAAAUUACAGCACCCGUCUUGGUUCGCAUCGCCAUAUCCUAAAAGAGAUCGUUCUACCAGCUUGAAACUUAAAACGAAAAGUCGGAAUAGUAAUCAGUCAGAACCUAUAUCCGUGUAAUUGAAGUUUAAUGGGUUGAAAUAAAUUAUAUUUCAAUGUUAAUUGUGUAUAAUUACCUGUAAAUUAUAAUUCACAAAUUUCUACUUCAAUGUACAUUAUAUUAAUUUGUGUUUUUGUCUCAUGAAAAACUGAUUUUAUAAUUAUGAACAUUUAAAUAUUUGUAUCCUAACUGCUCUAAGAUUUAAAUUUGGUAGAUGGCAACUCUUUUUGGUUACAUCCAUAGAAAAUCUAUGUUGUUAUAUUGUAUGCCUUAUCGAUAUUUUCAAACGAUUUGUGGAUUGAGUUAUUUCAUUUUUAAAAUUACUAUUUUUCGAUACAAACAUAGAAUAUGUGUAAAUAAUAAUAGUUUCGUAAAUUUCCAACGAAAUGUGUCUAUCUGUGAUUCUCAUGUAGUAUAGAUAUCCAGUAGACUAGUAAAAGUAAGUAAUUGGUUUUGUGUUGUGAAUAGACUUAUUGAGUGUUUUCAUGUUGGUCUAUAUUUCAAAUGUAUAAGUGCUGCUAAAAAUGAUGGUGAUAUGUAUUUUUGCGGUAAUACAGGGGGCUUGAAUCUAAAGUAAGAAGUUUUCUAUUUAGUGCCAUUUAGUGAACACUUUAUUAUAAUUUUCAAUUUAAUGUACUGAGAGUAAAAUAAGAUGUCCUGAAAUUAUUUUAUUGUAAGAUGUUUUUUCUGGUUUUUGAAAACAUUAUGUCUUUUAAUUGUAUAACACGAUAUAAAUCUUUAUAUUCUAAACUUCUGGAAAUAAAAUGCAGGAGGAUCGGGCGUUUUAGAACAACGGGCUUAUCAAUUCGUUUCUCGAUACUGGAUUGCGAUGAUAGACGAAUGGAGGGGAAGGAUAUCGACACAUUCUAAUUUAACUUCAGAAUUGUUCUCCCCACUAUUAUGCAUACCUUAUGGCACGUUCAUAGCCCAUUUAAGGAUAUAUCGCAGAUAUUUCAUUCAAAUCUAGGUCAAUUGCUCACUUUCAUCCUAAUAAAAUAAUGAACGGUAUGAAAGAUCAAGAAUGGCUUGCAAAAAUGAGAUUGCAAAGAAAUAUUUAUGUGAUACUAUAAUAUUUAUUAUAAUACGAUAGUACAAGUCGUAUAGGAUCCCAACUGAAAUUUUCAGAGCAUGGCCACACAUCGAAAGUUUUUUCAAGAAAUAUGUAUAUACAUAUUUGUGUAUUUUGGCACAAUUUUACUUUUGUAUUUACUGUACGUGUUUUUGAUGAUUUUCUUUGUGCUGCAAAAAAAUUAAACCUGUAACACUUUCUAUAUCAUGUUGAACAUCAGACAGUAAUGGUGUUGGUAAGACUGUGGCAUUACUAUAUAUACAGCAUAUAGCUAGUUAAUGAGGUGGCCCUACUGAAAGCAGUGGUGUUCUGUACCAACUGGCUCGAGAAGAGAAUUGAUCACGUGGUACGAUGUGACACUGCGUAUGUGGCUUCAUCUCGUACUGAUAGACUUUACCACAUGAUCAGCUGUUUGACACUAAAGAAGGACACCGCAUGUCCGAUAUAAUCUAUAAACGAGGCGACAGCCUGUGAAACAUUGACACUCAUGUGUUGAGUAACGGAAUUGUAUGUAACUACGGUACACCUAAGUAGCCAUCUAGGUGUCGGUUACGUAAGAUUAAAUGUAAGGCUUACGCUGCCGUCGACUUGACUAUGAUCAAGUUUUUGCUUCAAGCCACAUCGAAAAACUAUUAAGAUCUUGUGGAGAGUCACCAACAGACUUAAAUCAAACCUACCUGAAAGUGAUAAAAAGACCAUAUUCAUUGCUUGUUGUUCAUAUUAAUUGGUUGAAAUUUUACCAAUCAUUAUGCAGCCCCACCUAAAUAUCUUUAUAAGCGGAUGUGCACUACUAACUGGCCUUGCCAGUUUUGGUGUAACAAUAUUUCGACUGAAGACGGCUCUCCAUAACGAGGACGAAAAAUUUCAAGGCUUUAAUUUUAUGGGUAAUGUUUUUAUUCGGUGUGAACGAGAAAACUUGGAUGAUGUUCUCUCCUUUUCUUUCCUAUUCUUAAUCUUAUUCAACCUCUUUUCUGCAUAUAUUUUUGGCAAUAUCAAACACUUCUGGUCCGGCAGUAUUAGACAGAAUAUUACAGAAGUUAAUGAGGACGUUGCCUUUGAUUAUUUUUACAAAUAAAAGGUAUAAAAUUAAUUUUGUUGUCCUAUUUCAAAAAUACCACAAUGCCCCCAUUGUACUUUACAGUUUUUAACUAUAAAAAACAGCUGUUUUUGUGCAAUACAAUAAAAAGAAUAUUAAUUUAUUUAUUCAUUACUUUUUCCAGAAACAUUAGGAUCAUAAUGUGUUUCCAGGCAUUUUAUUGAAUAUUUAAUAGUAAUUUUUUAAACUAUUAGGUCAUGUUAUUUUGGUUCAAGUUAGUAGAAAUAUCCUUAGAAAAACACUUAAAAUUAGGAGUUUCAAACUUAGUUAUUAAUUUUACAUUUAAGUAGACAGUUUAUUAAUUGUAUUAUAGUUGCUGGCAAGCAAAUACUUCAUACUUAUUGUAAAGGUAUCGAGUUAUGUGAGGGGAAAAGCAAUACGAGUUCAGAUUAAAAUAUUGCUCUGUAUGAGUUAGUAUGUAAUGUAUUGUGUAAAUAUGUUGUAGGGUUAGUUGCAGUUUUUAUAAUAAUUUGGCUAUUUAAACGCACUUUUAUAAAUGUGCCAAGCACUUGUUAAGUUAUGUACAUUUUUUAGGAUAUAGACUCGCCGUCUAUCUAAAGCUACAUUUAGAUAUAGUUGCAUCUUAGUUACAAGUUUCUUUUCAUACUAUAUAGACUUCAUAGGGAUAGCAUAUUUGUAAAUUAUAUGUGCUAAAACUAAGGCAGUUUUAAUUUUGAUAAAAAAUGUAAUAAGUAAAAUUCAUUCUAAUUAUUUUAUUGUGGAGUAGUAAAUUUCACGAAGUAUAAAAUGCUAUACACACAUUUUUACCGUAUGACACACUUAUUUCUCAAUUAAUGUAGUUUUAUAAUCGUCAAUAAUAGAAUGUUUUAAAUCAAAUGAAGUCAUUAUAAUUGAUUUAGUGGAUGGUUAUCAGUUUUAGCUUUCCUUUUUAAGCAGUUUAAUUGAUUUAAACGUAAGUAGCUGAAUUGUAAAUAUAAAAUGAUAAAUUUUUAUUAAUUCAAAAUAUCUCAAAGAAACUAUGAGUAAAAGAACAUUGGUGUUUAUGGACUAUUCAUUAAUAAGAACUUGUAUUUCAGCACUUUUAUUUACUUAUUGGAAUGAUCGGUUCGAUCACGUACAUUUUCAAUUACACAACUAAGGUACUUUAUGGCAUUUCAAAUCCUCGAAUAAUCAAGUUAAUGAUUACAUACCUUAAGUUAAGCCAGUAUAAAUAAUGUAUGCCCUCUGUACGUGAUAUACUUAUUAAUAUUAGUACUGUUCGUACCAAAAUAUAUCACUUGUCGAAACAUUAACUGUGAUUGUAAUCCAAAACAGAUCAUUUCAUAUACUGUUAAUUUUUAUAGUAAUUUAUUGUAUAGUACAAGUAUAUCCCUAUCAUUAAAAAAUUGCUUGUAAAUCAUCCUUGAAUAUAUAUUUUAAGGCUAAGAGAAAUUACUUUUUACCUUUACUAACUCUUAGUUGAAAGUAUUUUUAUAAAACAAAUUAAGAAAUAAUUGUGUAUUUUGUUAUGUGUAAAUGUAAAUAAAUCUUCAAUCAUUUA